UGCUAUCAGUCUGUAUCUAUGAACUAUGACCCGAGCGUAAAACACAUGUCUGAAAAAAAGAGAAUGUAAAGCAAAAGUAGGCUGAACAUAUUAAAUAUCGUGAACAGUUUUCCACUUACUUUGUCAAUCCGUUGAUACCGCCAUGACCUCAAGUAACGUCCCAUCGUCGAUGGAAAAGUACCUAGAUGUUUUGCAACAUAAUAGAGAUGGCUCAUUAAUGCUGGGAGCCUCUGGUUUGAACGGCAAGUUUUGGGCCGGGUCUCUCUGGUUCUACGAAGACCCAGAGAAUGCCCCAGACAUCAACAAGUGCAGUGCCGGAAUACAGACAGAAGCUGGCGUGACAGACCUGCAGUGGAUUGACGAAUGCAGGGUGACCGUUGCUUCAGAUUCAGGUGCAAUUGAAGUUUGGCAGCUCGUAAACAGUCGGAGUGCCUUCAGAAAUUUGUUUUACCUGUACGAACAUGACAACGCCGUCCACAGCAUCAGCAUCAACUCCAACAAAACCCGGGUCAUCAGUGCAUCAUCAGACAGACAUGUGAAGGUGUGGGAUUUAGCUUCGCAAUCGUCAGUCUUAACCCUGAAGGCACACACAGCGAAGGUAGAAUGUGUGGCAUGCAGCCCAAAUGAGCUGGAGGUAUUCCUCUCGUGUUCUCAGGAUGGGUCUGUUUUGCUGUGGGAUUUGAGGAAGCCCAAACCAGCUCGAAGGCUGAGUAGACCCGAAGGGACAUCGCUGCCAACGUGUCUGGCAUGGAAGCCAGGAGAGACACAUGUCUUGGCUUCUGGGGAUGAGACAGGCAAGAUAUUGCUCCAGGAUUCCCGAGCGGACAACACCGGAACCAGACUAACUACAGCCCACACCAGGUCCAUUCACAGACUAGCAUUCUCUGCCAAGAACCCACUGUGGCUGGCCUCCACAGCCGAUGACUGCACGGUAGCUGUCACUGAAUUGCAGCCGGAACUUAAACAAGUAUACCGCAGUUACAGCCAUAACGAUUUUGUACGAGGUGCAUCGUGGGAUCCCCUUAGCAACAAGCUGAUGACCUGUGGCUGGGACAGGCAGGUCAAAGGUCAUGACAUUUUGCCAGGGGCAACAGGGAGCAAUGAGAGAAUGUGAAAAGCUUCCAAGUUAUUUAUUAGAAGAGAAAAACUUUGAAAAUAUGGUAUUCUGUAAAUCUUCGAUCAUAUUGUAAUAUCCAAAUCUUGACAUCUUGAGUGUACUACAUCAGCUAUAUAGUUACUGUAUUUUGGAACAUCUUCAACUUACCUCCCCCCCGCAAAAGCAAGUUUGGAGUGAUAAGAAUUUAUGUUUGGGCUGAUAGUAAACAAUUGCAGGCAUUAA